AUAAAUGGCCUGCAAUUGUAGAAAUUUAUUUUACUAGUUUGGGAAAUUAUUUGGACCCAUUCUCUUUGGAAGUUUGUAAUUUUAGACUUGCGUUUUUUAAAGAAGGUUAUGAAGAAGAUAUUAAGGGUCAUAUAGAACGUAGAUGUCCCAAAGCAUUCGAAUCCGACUUUUAUAUAGUUGCAAAGGUUGAAGGAAACGGUGAUAUAGGAUUCAAAUUUUUUAAUGAUGGAAAUGAAUUUGCAACUGUUUCAUCAAAGUCGCAAUGCCGAGAAAAAAAAGAUGUUGUUGUUAACGAUAAUUCACCAUUCACAUCACUUAUACCUGGAUUAUAUACAAUUUAUUACGAUUACUUAAAACGAAAAAGUCACGCACGAGAUAUCACAAGAAUUCCAAACACAUAUCAAUUGCGUUGGAAUAGUUGGCAUCAGUACGAUUACAAUUAUGUUAUCGAAUCAGCAGUUUAUCCUCACUUUAUUCUCUCAGAUAUAUAUGAAUCGAAUAUGACCAGCAAUAAUAAUAGUUCUUCCAAACAAAAUGACACCUUGUCAUUAAAUAGUGAAAAAAAUCCACUUACUAUCCGAGCUAUUAUUAAUGCAGCUCAAUAUAAAUCAGGGUAUUAUGAAGUUCAAGAAUUCUUUUACAAACCCGGUUCUCAAGACUAUUAUGAUUCUUUAAUAACUACAAGAGUAAUUUUAAACAGUUUAUUACCCGGAAUUGUUGAAGUUUCUUUCACUACUUCUGAUAAAGUUUUAGAUCCGUAUGCUUUGGAAGCUUGCGAAUAUAAACUUAUUUAUUUUAAGAAUCUUGAAGGUCAAAUCAAACGUAGAUGUAAAAGAGCUUUUGAAGAUGAUUUUUAUAUGGUUUCACAGGUUAGCGGAAGUACAUAUUGGGGAUUGAAAUUCACUCUUGGAGAAGAUGAAUCGAAAUUAUCUGCAUGGACUUCUGCUGUGUAUUAUUGGCCAAGCCCGCGUAGAAGAGACGUAAUGGUCUAUGAUGAUACACCAUUCCCAUCUAUUAUUCCUGCUCUAUAUUCUGUUUAUUAUGAUUAUGUG